AUGGCGAGAACACAUUUGGCAUUCACAUUACUGAUAUUAGCGGUUCUAGAAGUUACUCUUGGAGACAACCAUGCGAAACACGCCGUAAAUGCUAAACGGAGAAAUGAAAUAGUCGAAGAAACAUUUUUAGAACAAAAAGAUAUUUUACUAAACAUGUUAGAAUCAAAACUCAAAGAAGUAAGAGAUAAAAAGAAGAAAAAGGACGACAUUGAAGGCCAUGCCAAUUGUAACAGGACUUUGGAAAAUGUUGAUGUUAAACUUAAAGUGAAUGGCAUCAGCGCUAUUGGAGAUGCUAAUGUGGCACUCAAGUAUGGAACUGGUAAAGGAUCAAUUAAUUUGGAAGGUGAUGGAAUUUUCAACAUAGGGAAGGUACAAAUGGCUUUAGGUGUUGGAGAGACUUUUCAAAUACCUGGCCUGAACGGCUUGUUUAUUGAUAUUGGACACAAAAACUGCACCAUACACACCAUCGUAGCUCCAAAUGAAGGUCUCGCCAAUAAUAAUACACGUCGAAGUGAAAAUGAAACUACUAAUCCUAAAUCUGCUCCUACUACUGCUGACAACGCACAAGGAAAUUUGACAUCUACUGCAGAAGCAAUUACAGUUGAAAAUAAAACAUUAUUGUCUUUAAAAAUAGGUUCAAGUAAGAGUACACUUGUUACUUCUGCAGAUAUAGCUCAAAUCAGUAAAAAUGCUGUUUAG